AUGACCAGAUCCAUCCGCCAUUCUUCGUGGGCGCGUCUGCGACCUCCUCAGGCUCCGUCACUUAUCGAAUCAGGUACUCUGCCGAAUCCUGAGUUCGCUUUCGCCUGGGCACUCAUCGCUGUUUGUCAGGAAAACGACAUGCAUUUUAUUUCUGAACACUGGGAACAGUCUUGUCACUUGCCCGUGCCUAGGUACAGCAUGUGGAUGGCCAAAAAUCUGGCGUCGUCAAAACUCGCUCUCCCUCACCCUUACAUACGUCCGGCGAUGCCCUUGAUUUUACAGCCGAUUUUCACCAUACAACCGAUUUGUCAUGCCGUACAGAACCAUCGCAGCAAGCAAGUCGUGACACUGGCAAUGGCUGCCAAACAACUAGCUCCAGAAGUGGAUCAUCGGAAGAGCAUAGCGAAUUCCAGGCCGCCGCUCAUUCCUUGA